AUGGAGAGGCUCAAAAACCAUACGGAAUCCAACGAAGUUCGAAUGGGAAAUGUUAGUUCACCCCUAGAUGGUCUGUUGACCUCGUCUGAUGUGAAAGAAAAUCCCAACUGGAGUUAUCGAUCAAUAGAUCCAUCCAAGGUUUAUGGCUUCGGAGAUGAGAUAAUGUCUUUAGAGGGCAUGCUUGUUCGAGAUGGGAGUAAUGAUAAGUUCAAGGCGGUUGGAAUUGUGGGGAUGAUUGGUACUGGAAAAACCACACUUUGUCAGGUACUUCUGACCAGACUAGAAGUGAGGAACCACUUUGUUCUCAGGAUAUGGGUAAGCUUAUCCGUAAAACCCAAUAGAGGUUUGGAUCAGAAGAUAGAAACUGUCCGAAGAAUGUUGCAAUCGCUUGGAGUUAAAGAAGGGAUCGUGAGUUCCGUUUCUGAAAAACAUGGGCUAUCUGGAUUGCUGUACGCUCUUUACGUGCGGCUGAGAGGCAAGAGAUAUCUGAUUGUGUUUGAUGAUGUUUGCGAUGGAGAUGAGUGGUACGGACAGUUGAAUUCUUCCUUACCUCACAAUGGCAAGUGGAAGGAACGCCUUGCAUAUGCGGUGCCGAAAGGAUGUGGAGGAACAGUCAUUGUUACAAGUCGGAACAAGGAAUUUGCAAAGAAGAUGGUUGGAGAGGAAAAUGUGCAUUACCAUCCGCCCCUUUCAGAUUCAGAGAGCUGCUGGUCUAUAUUCAUGGAUUCAAUUCAGCAAGAUGAAACACCAUUUAAUUUCAUGAACAUGGAUGGUCUCAAAAACGAAAUCAUGCAGGCAUGUGGGGGUGUUCCAUUAGCGGCAAAAGUAAUGGGGCAAAUUGUGAAUGAAAACAUUGUUAAGCUUGAAAGAAACAAGAAACUAGGCAGGAAAAGCCGAGAGAACAGAGAGAGGGAAAAACUUGAUUUUUGUAUAUCAUUUAUUUCUGCCAUAUCUAUACAAUUAAUGAGCUGGUAUUUAUAA